AGUUGUUACUGACAGUUGUAGCACUUCUGGCCCUGGGUGCAGUCACGGCUCAUAUGGCCGAAACCACCGCACGAGUAGCAUGUGGUCUGCCUGGGACCGCCAUAGCCGCCCUGAGCGCCGCCACCGUAUCCUCCACGCUGGUAUCCGCCGCCGAAGCCGCCGGGAGCACCACCCUGAGUGCAGUUUCUAGCGAUGUGACCCCGCUGGCCGCACUUGUAGCACUCCUGGCCGCCGCCCUGGCCUCCCAUGGGAGCAGCGCCGUCCUUUGUGCACUCACGGCUGAUGUGGCCGGUCUCGCCGCAGCGGUAGCAGCUCUUCUCAGCCUGGGGAGCGGUGCACUCGCGGCUCAAGUGGCCCUUGUCACCGCAGUUGUAGCAGGUAGGGUUGCCCUUGGAGGGGCAGUCGGCCGCACGGUGGGCAGGGUCGCCGCCUACUAAAUCAGCCAAUGCUUAUGGCGGGGGUUGUGCGCCGCCGCAAUGCGACUAUGCAGCUCGUGGCGAAACGAGAUACUGCGCUCGGUUCAAAUGGUUGUGUCACAUGAUGUUGCC